GUUUAGUAUAAAGACUGCCGUCAAGCCUUAGAUCGGUUCACUACCUUUUUCGCAACCGCAUAUCCCCUCCCGUUGGCAGUUGCAGCCCAAGUUCACGAACAUCAGUGGGUUCUGCUUGCCUUUUGGCUGCGUUACGGUCAAGUUUGCCAGUGACAGCCCCUAUGAAUCUAAGACUUCUAUUUUGCCCCUCCAUGAUGGCUACCAAGUCCGAAGUCAUCGAUGAUAAUUCCGUCCAAUGCAGACGACCCUCUAUAUUUUCCCUUUUGCGAACCAAGUAGAAACGAAAAGAGGUUCUAUCUCGCAUCCGUGAUAUUGUCUCCACUCCCGAUUUCAUCCCUUCCUCUGUCGCCCCAAAUGUCAGCCCCUGUGCUGCUGCUCUCCAUUGCGGUGUCCACCCACCUCUUGCAAACACUCAAUAUCGAGGGUCACACCGCGCUAUAUUGGGCAAUCUUGAAUGACCGGCGAAAAGCCUUGGCGGCGUUUACUGCGUUCAUUCCCCAAUUUUUAUCUGUUUGGUCUUUCGAUCUGCGUCUCGCGUCCAUGAUGACUAGUGACCAGGCCUUGUUUACGCAGCUGAAUUUGAGACAUCGUAAUUGCAAACGCAUAGCAGUCCCUGCCUACGCUCUUUUGGUUGUCCGCCGGAUGAGGUUGAGGUGCACGAAGGAGAAUACAAGAGCCAGUUCAUUGCCUGCAUCUGCAUGAGGAAGUUUCAGAAACGCCUGCGCAUCACACAGGAUUUGGGCAUAGAAUUUGUUGCGCGGUGACGCAUAUGGUGGUUGCGCUUUCAAAUGGAGGAUGGCAGGAGGUGGCGUUUCGUGUGCGGUCUCUCGCAGCAAAGCCGUCUGGUGCAACUAUAC